AUGCCUUUGCCAACUGUUAUGACCUGCCGUGCCCUCCCACUCGAAGGGCUGCUUGGUGCGGCCAUGUUCAAUGCGAGGAAGCCCGAGCAGUACUUCCUAGCUCGGGACCAUCUUGAGCCUCCAGUGGAGCUCCUCUCGCAGAUUUUUCCAUGGGUCGAGCAGGAGAAUUCUGCCCUGCAGCAGCGGGAGGCAAUGCUCGGCCAUGCAGGACGGGAUAUUGCCUUGAAGGGCUUCCUGCGACUCCUCGUGUGGCUCCGUCGGGUCCUUAUACAGGAUGCUGCUGUCCUGUUUGUCAAAGACCCAACAUGCCCAAUAUUUGGGUUCGCACCCUUUCAAAGUAACAUGUUCCAUGAAUUUGCAGCAAACUCGACAGCCGUGCUUGCCAGGGUUGACAAGGAGGCUCGCAUGCAAGGAUUCGUCGCAUCAUCACGCCUCGCACAGGAAGAAGCCAACCAAAAGAAUGCAGAAGAGCUUGCACUGCUUCGCGAACAGGUUUCACGGCUGGAGAUGGCAGCUGAGUCUGGUCGAUCUCGUCGUCGUCAUCGUG